AUGAACUAUCUGACGGCAGCAUACGGAUCCGGAUCUUCCAAUGGCUCUGCCACGGCCACCGCGGCAAACUUCUGCGCUUUUAGCCUAGGAUCUGAAACGGUCUCUUCGGGAAGAUCGCCGGCGUCAAACAAUUCGAUCAUUGCAUACACGCCGUCAAGAGGUCUAUUGCCACUCCGCGGAGUGUGGCCGCUGUACCCAACGUGUGAUGUGCUGGUUCCUCAUACCCGCACCAUGUCGGAUCUCUUCAAGGUACUCAACGUACUAGCCAUCACGGACCAAAGCCCCGAAGGGGACUUUUGGAAUGAGCAAGGGUAUAUCACGUUGCCCCGUGCUGAGAGUGUCAGGCCUACGCGCUUCGAAGAGUUGAAAAGAUUGUCUUCCCUACGUGGCAAGCGGCUGGGGGUACCUUCUAUGUUCAUCAGCUCAGGAGACUUGCCAAAUAGCACACGCACAAGGCCUUCUAUUCUUAAGCUUUGGGAUUCGGCCAAGGCCGCCUUGCAAUCAUGUGGUGCAACGGUUGUCGAAGUAGACUUUCCUCUCCUCUCCAUAUAUGAAGCCAACAUUGAUCGCAACCAAUUGGUGAAUGUCAAGUCCCUCCCAGAGAGAUGGCCAGCAAAAGAAAGAAGCGACCUGGUUGCCCACGCCUGGGACGACUUCUUGAUCGCAAACGGCCAGCCGGGGCUAGACUCUCUGACCUGCGUGAACCCAGAUGAUAUUUUCCCUCUUGCGCCUGGGUCUCUCCGAGGAGCACCCCUCCCAUCAAACCAGCUCCAGUGGAAGCAGAUUGUUGAAUACCCGAAGACCAAGCCAGAUUCAAUUUUCGAUAUUCCGGAAAUGGAGCAAGCACUAAAGGCUCUGGAGAAUGCGCGAAAGGAGACGCUCGAAGAGUGGAUGGACAAGGAAGGCUUGGAUGCGAUAGUCUUCCCGGCGAACGCGGACAUUGGACGCGCGGAUGCGGAUGUCAAUCCUGAUUCUUCUCAGUUUGCGUGGGAGAACGGGGUCAAGUAUUCCAAUGGAAAUCAGGCUAUCCGCCAUCUGGGCGUUCCUACCGUUUCGGUGCCGAUGGGCGUGAUGGAGGAUACACAAAUGCCGGUCAACCUUACCUUUGCAGGCAAGGCGUACGAGGAUAACAAGCUCUUGGAGUAUGGUUAUGCGUUCGAACAGGCGACGAAGUACCGCUCGCUACCGAGGCUUGUACCUGAGCUGGACUCAGAUGUUUUGAAGAUCCCAGGCAAUCGAGGAGGCGCUGGUACUGGCUUUACCGAAACAGCGCAGAUCGAAGUGCAGGAGCAGUCUAAAGAAAUCACUGAUUCAACGGUUAGCGUCAAGGUUCAAGGGACUUUCAAUCUCACCGAGGAUAAUAAAUUGGAGCAGUUCAGCUGCUAUGUCAAUGGAAACCCAGUUGAGAUAAAGGUGGAAGAAGCACGAUGGAGUUUGGUGGAAACUUAUGCAAAAUCUGCUCGUGACAACAUGUGGUCCAGAUGGAGAAGCCCAGCUGCUCACCAGGUCAUAAUAAUUCUCGUUGCGCGCUUCAAAACAGCUCGUGCUGUGGGGAAAUUAUUAUUGCUCUAA